GUGGUUCUAGUUCUACUGAUAGCCACGCAACACGUAGAUAAAUAGGUUCUUCUUUUACAAUGUCGGAAGCGGGAAACAAACGCAAAGCCAAAGACAAGGCGUUUUAUAUCAAAUCUGCAAAACAGGCUCGAAAAUCUGCCAAUGAACUAGGACCUGGCCAAAAAGGCUUCCUUUGUACAUCGAACAGAGAAAGAGAUGGUGUCAGAGAAGCCUACAAUAUUUUAAAUGAACAUGCUGACAUCCUCUAUGGUAGUCAAGAACCAAACAAAGAUGUUGAAUCUUCAGAGGUUAAAAAGGAAGAAAUUGAAGAUGAAUUGACCAAGGAAAUGGAUGAACUCAAAAAAAAACAGGCACAGCCUGUUUCUGAGAGAAGAUUUCAAAGUGUUAUGACCAACAUUAAAGGAUGCAUCUUCAUUCGAUCUACUUUGGAGAAUCCUUCAGAAAUUGUUGAUGCGAUCAUUUCUGAUAUUGAAAAGAAACAACAGCAAACCACCAAAUUUCUUCUUCGUAUGCUUCCCAUUCAAAUCACAUGCAAGUCUGUAAAAGAAGACAUCCUUAAAGCAGCCGAAACCCUUGUUGACAAAAUGGCUAACCAUAAAACCUUUUCUCUUUUAGUAAAGAUUAGAAACCAUAAUCUUAAACGAGAUGACCUCAUAGUUCCAAUCGCCGAAAUUGUCGCAAAAAAAUUUCCUGAAAUGAAAGUUGAUCUUGAUAAUCCAGAAAUAAGCAUGGUUGUUGAAGUUCUAAGGGCAACAUGCUGUUUAGGUGUGGUUACUAAUUAUUCUGGUCGUGCAAAGUACAAUCUUCUAGAAAUUGCUCAGAAGGCAAAAUAAAAUUUUUGACUGCA